AUGAGUCGCAAGUCCAGGCUCGACUGUGGCCUUUCUCUAAAUGGGCUGCAGCAGGACAGCUAUAAACAAGCGGCCCAAGGAUCUCUGCUGCGCAGAGCACUAAGUGGAAGUCUCACGAACACACCACACGCACCCGCCAUCCUUAUCACCCGAGUGCCUUGCCUUCAGAUCGAGGAAGAGGCCCUACAGGUGGCACUCGAGAGCGGCUACAGGCACAUCGACACCGCCGCCCUCUACCGGAACGAGGCGGCCAUCGGGGGCGUCCUCGGCAGGUGGCUCUCGCAGGGAAGAGUCGCCAGGGAAGACCUCUUCGUCACCACCAAGCUCCCGAUGAUUGGCUGCCGCGCUGAUGACGUAACCAAAUUCCUGACGUCAUCGUUAAAGAAGCUGCAGCUGAGUUAUGUCGACCUUUAUCUCGUGCAUUUUCCGGCCGGACUGAAAGGGAAGGACGAGGACGACCUUCGCCCUCAGGGACCCGACGGCUGCAGCGUCCUCGACAGGAACACCGACCUCGAGCGUCUGUGGAAGGCCAUGGAGGAGCAGGAUCGAGAACCAUCCAUAUUCCAUUUUGGAACCCGAAGGCCCACGUGAUCAGCUUUGUAUUCAAUUUCAAGCAAGAAUGAAUUUU